AUGCUGGUAAAAAGUUUAACUCUGGAGGAUCAUGUAGCCAACUUGUCAAUAGUCUUCACCAUCAUAUUGCGCAACGGGAUGCAGCUUAACCCACAGAAAUGCAUUUUCGGAGUCGAGGCAGGAAGGUUUCUCGGGUACAUCAUUAGCCACAGGGGAAUUGAGGCCAAUCCAGAGAAGGUGCAGGCUAUAUUAGACAUGCACGUCGAGAUGAUAGCCUGGACAGCGGAGCACGAAGCUGCUUUCCUUGGCUUGAAGUCGUACUUGUCAGAGGUACCUCUACUCUACAAACCUGUUCCCGGAGAAAUGCUCUACGUAUAUCUGGCGGCAUCAUCAACUGCCGUGAGCUCAGUCCUAAUUAGGAAAGACUCCGAUUGUGAAUACCCAGUGUACUACGCUGGAAAAGGUUACACUGGUGCAGAAUCUAAGUACCCGGACAUUGAAAAAGUAUCACUGGCUCUCCUGGUAUCAGCCCGGAAGCUCAGACAUUACUUCCAAGCACAUGCUAUCACCGUUUUCACUAAUCACCCAUUGAGGCAAGUUUUGCAGAAACCAGAGACAUCGGGCAGGUUAAUUAAAUGGGCCAUCGAGCUUGGGGAGUUCGAUAUCAAGUACCAGCCCCGGACAGCCAUCAAAGGCCAGAAAACUAGCGGAGCCGGCAUCCUGCUAAUCAGCCCGGACGAUCAAGUCUACGAGUACGCCCUCAAAUUUGCCUUCAAGGCAUCCAACAAUGCCGUAGAAUACGAGGCACUCAUACCAGGUUUGCAGAUCACCCGGGAACUAGGCGUCCAGCACCUUAGUAUCUUCUGUGAUUCUCAGUUGGUCAUAAACCUGGUCAGCGGUAACUUCGAGGCAAAGGAGCCCCACAUGUCCUCCUACCAGGCCUUGGCCCGGGCUUUAGUUCAGAGGUUCACCUCCUACAAUUUUACCCAAAUACCGAGGGCAGAAAACGACAAGGCGGACGCCCUUGCCAAGCUCGCAUCAACUUCUCCAAACCCUACCUAUGAGGCCACUAAAGUCGAAAUACUCGAAGGACCUAGCACUUCCAAAACGGUGUCAGAAAUAUUUUCGGUGGAUCAAACAGCUUCAUGGAUGAACCCAAUUUUGAAAUACAUGGUCGACGGCCUAGCACUGGAUGAUAAGGUCGAGGCAAGAAGACUGCAGCUAAGGUCAGCUCGAUACACGAUCAUGAAUGGCAAACUGUACAGAAGAGGGCAUUGCUUUCCCAACCUGAAGUGUGUAACACCGGAGGAAGGUCACAAAAUAAUGAAGGACAUUCACGCUGGUGUAUGUGGUAACCAUGCCGGAGCCCGAUCUCUUGCACACAAGACCCUAAGGGCAGGAUAUUUCUGGCCAACCAUGUCGGCCCUGGCUCAAACUAUAUCCGGUUCUUGCCACAAAUGCCAAAUGUAUGCAAAUAUCCCAAGGGCACCGCCUAUCGCCCUUUCUAUCCUCCUUGCACCAUGGCUGUUCUGUCAGUGGGGUUUGGACUUGAUUGGUAAACUUCUCACAGCAGUGGGACAUUUCAAAUACGCCAUUGUUGCCGUGGACUACCAAACAAAGUGGGUAGAGGCAGAACCUCUCGUCUCCAUCACCACGGAAAAGGUCAAAAGCUUCCUAUGGAAGAACAUCUACUGCAGGUUUGGAGUCCCAGAUACCAUAGUCACGGACAAUGUUACCUAG